UUCAUCGUCUCUUUCUCUCCAUACAAUGUACACUGAGAGGAAACAUUUCCCCAGCGAGAUAUCCAAACACAAAUUACACGUCAUCCCCUCUAGCACCAAUCUAAUUUAGAUUGCCCACUUAAAUUUGAUUAUUUAUUUUGCCAUGUCUCAUUUUAAUUGCAGCUGGGAGAGAAAUUGCUCUGUCAUCUUCCUCAAAACAGCUUUGUCGCAUCAUUAACACUUUCCACAUGAACACUUGUGUUUUGAUUGUUUAUGUGCCAGAGUUCAAUUAUAGGCAACUUGCUAUUUUAAUAUCAUCUCUGUCGCUCUGUGUCACCCUCUCUGUUUCAGCAUGGGAACCAAUCAGAACUUUCAGGAGAACCACAGCUUCAGUUUUUCCUCCCAUUACUCCCACGGGAUCACCUCAGCUAUUUACCACCCUGGCCACCGAUUGCUGCUUGUAGGCGGCUGUGAAUCAGGCGAUGACAGUGCAUCCAAGGCCUCUUGCUGUGGCAUCACAGCCUGGAGGGCUCUUUCUGGCUCACCACACUACAAGCAGGUCACCAGCUAUGAGGACGAUGUCAACAUGAAUCAGAAAAGAGGUUUCUUCAGGGUUCCCAGUUUUAGACUCUUUUCCAGACAAGGAGACGAAAAGGACGGUGUGUUUCGCGUGAGCCUGAGCCCUGACAGCACCCUGCUGGCUGUCAUCCACUUCUCUGGCCGUCUGUCUCUCUGGGACAUCCCGUCCCUUAAACAGAGGGCAACAUGGAGUCAGGACCUGCAGCCAGGAUUUGAGGAGAUCAACCCAGAGUGGAAGACAUCGCUGGAGAGAAGGAAGAAAAUAAAAGAUAAGGAGCAGUUUUAUCCGCUGGUAGAUGUGAGCUGGUGGAGUGACAACGUGCUGAUUUUGGCCCGCUGCUCUGGCUCUGUCACCGUCUCUUCUGUCAGGACAUUGCGCAACCUUCUGGGGAAAUCCUGUGAAUGGUUUGAGCCCUCACCUCGAGUCACUGCUGCGCAUGAUGGGGGCUUCCUCAGCUUGGAGUGUGAGGUGAAGCUGGCCCAGAAGCGUGGGCGCCUGGAGAGCAGCCUCAGUGGGGGAGCCAGCGAGGAUGAGGAGGGAGAUGAUGGUGGAGAAUCUGAUUCAGACGAAGAGUCCUCAGCCAAAGCCCGCUACUUUGGCUACAUCAAGCAGGGCCUGUAUUACGUGACAGAGAUGGAACGGUUCGCUCCACCACGGAAACGCCCUCGCACAGUUAUUAAGAACUACCGUCUGGUCAGCCUGAGGUCAACCACUCCGGAAGAACUGUACCAGAGGAAGAUUGACAAUGAGGAGUAUGGUGAAGCCCUGUCUCUUGCCCAGGCAUACAGUUUGGACUCUGACCUCGUCUACCAGAGACAGUGGCGGAAGAGUACCGUCAGCAUAGCCUCAAUACAAGAUUAUCUGAGCAAGAUCCGCAAGCGCUCAUGGGUGCUGCAUGAGUGUGUGGAGCGCGUCCCAGAGAAUGUUGAUGCAGCUAAAGAGCUGCUGCAGUAUGGCCUGAAGGGAACCGACCUUGAAGCCCUGAUAGCCAUAGGAAAAGGGGAAGAUGGGGGCAGGUUCAUCAUGCCAGGCGACGUCGACCUCGAUGACCUCCCUUAUGAAGACAUCCUUUCAGAUGAGCAGGAGCUGGAGAUGAAGAAGGAGAGGGAGAACAAGAAGAGACGAGAGCUGCUGGCCAAAGUUGACUUCAGCAGGCUGACUCUGGAGCAGAAGGAACUGUGUCGGAGCAGACUGAAGCUUCUCUCCUACCUGGACCGGCUCGCCACGUACGAGGAAAUACUUGGUGGCCCUCAUGCAGCGGAGGACAAAUACGAUGCAGACUUCUUCAAGAAGUUCCGAAGUCAAAACAUUGUUUUAUCUGCAAGAAACUACGCCAGGGAGAGCAACGUGCAGGCUCUUGACAUUCUUUUCACAUAUCACGGAGCAGAACUCCUCCAACAUCGACUAGUUAUCCUUGACAACUUUCCGGAAACCACCUCUCCACACGAGUACACCACCUUGCUGCCGGAAGCCUGUCUGGAUGACAGAGGUGAGCUGGUGUUGAUUCCGUGGGACGAGCAGAGACACAGAGAGAUGGACUGGUGUGAGGCAGAGGAGUGCAGAGCGGUGCUGGAGCAGAAUUUGUUUGACGAUGACAUUUUCCUGUAUGACGAAGCCUCAGACCUGCUGAGAUUCCGCACAGCCACGCCCUCCAUAGAGCUGCUUACUGAUUGGUACAUUAGCAGAGCCCAGGAUAUUGACUCUUGCUCCAGACAGGUGGACUGCGCCCUGUCGCUGGUGCGUCUUGGGAAGGAGCGGGAAAUCCCCGGGCUGGAGCGAUUAUGCGAUGACUUGGUCACCAUGGAAACACUUGUGUAUGAGACAUCAUGUGAACUGGGUCUGACUCUUAAAGAUUUUCAGCAGCUCAGCGACAUUGACAAACUCCGCCUGCUCAUGAAAAACUCCAGCACCGAGCACUACGUGAAAGACUCCUUCCAGUGGAUGGUGCCAUUCCUGCAUCGCUGUGAGGGACAGAAAGAGGGUGCUGCUAAAUCUCUGCUCAGAGAAUACCUGGUCAGCCUGGCCCAGGAAGACCUCACCCUGCCCCUCAUCAUUUUCAAGCACUCCAAACCUGAUUGGCAGCAGAAGAUUAUCGGGGACCCAGACCAGCUGAUGGAGGUCGCUUUGGAGUGCAUCUACAGCUGUGAGAGAGACGACCAGCUCAGCCUCUGUUAUGAAAUCUUGGAGUGUCUGCCACAGAGGGGCUACGGUGUGGUUGAGGUUCUGGAGAAACAUGGUCUACAGAAGCCCAUCUCGUAUGUGAAAAACAGCCAGAACAAUGACGAGGAAGCCCACCAGCUAAUGGUCAAACUGUGUCGUCACACUGGCCGCAAAAACCCUCCAGUGAGUGAGAAUAUGUGGAGAGUUCUACUACAGGACCUGCUGGAUAUGCAGCAGAACGUUUACACUUGCCUAAAACCAGAGACGUGCCAUCAGGUUUUUGUCGAGUCCCUGCUGUGCUCCAGCCGAGUGGAGAACAUACGCCUGGCAGGACAGCUCAUGCACUGCUCCAAGGUUAGUCAGGAUGUUCCUGUCAGCUUGUCCUUUCGGGGUAAAGGUUAUGCUCUGAAGGUGGCCUAUGACAACAGCGUGGAAUUAGUGCUGGCUGCUGCCAGGGAGUACUUCAACUCGUCCAAAUUGCUAACAGACCCCUGCAUGGGGCUGGCCAGGGGGUGUCUCCAGCUGAUCACAGACUGUCCUCCGUCCAUCCAAGAGGAACUGGACCUCAUCAACGCCCUCAGCCAGCUGGAAGACUUCAACGUCAGCAUUCUGCCCCUGCAAGUGCGACUGCGAUCAGACCGUCUGUCUCUCGUAGAGGAGUGCAUCGCCCACUGCUCCACAGCUUACAAGCAGUCCACCACUCUGCUCAAUCUGGCCUCACUCCUCAGAGUUUCAGGGGAAGAUGAAGCAAUGAGAAAAGGCAAAGUGCUGACCCUGCUUGCAGAGCAAGCUCUGCAAUGUCUGGACUUCAAGGCGUCGUACAUCCACUGUCAGGACCUCAUGGCUGCAGGUUACAGUCCAGCAUGGGAGGUGUGCAGUCUGCUCGGUCAGUGUGACGGUUAUGGAGACCUGGAGGCCCGGCAAGAACUGUUAGCCUUCUCUCUCACACACUGCCCCCCUGACAGCAUCCACGGCCUCCUGGCUGCCUCCAGUGACCUACAAACUCAGGUGUUGUACCAGGCUGUUAACUAUCAAAUGGAGCCUGUAAAUACAGGGACCGGACGAGAAGUUGACGAGACAGACUCUUUAAAGCCCCAACCUCGUGUGGGCUCCUCUGUGGGGACAGCAGGAGACCUCCUGCACAGGACUACAGCGAAGACCAUGGAAGUCCUGACUACUACAGGGCUGAAUACCAAGGCUGUUUUGACUGCAGUCAGUGACCACCGCUGGUGGAAGGACUCACUCAAUUACCUCCGGCCGCUGCAUGGUCGUGGUUCAGGAGCCACUAGCCAGGAAGGGGCAUGUGAGAACGCCAACUUGGAGCGCCAAGGCUGCAGCCCCUUUUAUCAGGAUCUCAUUGAGGAUCCCUAUGUAGACACGAGUCAAGAUGUGUAUUCGUUCUACAAAGAAGUGCCUGCAGAAAACUUUGCUGAGGUUUUGCUGAGGACUGGAAAAUUGGCUGAGGCCAAAACUGAGGGAAAAACCCCGUUUCCUGCUACAGAAGUAUUGCUCCAGCUGGCCAACGAUGCAUUUCCCAGGGACAUGAUGCUGGCUCUGUCCUACUUACUUGCUCUGCCUCAGGUGCUGGAUGCCAACAGGUGUUUUGAGAAGCAGUGUCACUCGGCCUUGUCGCUCCAACUGGCUGCCUACUACUACUCCCUGCAGAUCUACUCGCGCCUCAUGCCCUGCUUCAAGGACAAGAACCACACUCUUUACCAGGCUGAUCCAAAGGAGCUGAUUCGAUUGGUCACACAGCACGUGUCCUCGUAUUCAGAUUGGCCCGAGGAGCUGCAAAAGCUGAUCAGCCAGCUGCAUAUGUACAACGAGCGUCUUACAGACUUUACCCAGGCACAGGUGUUGCAGGGGCUCGGCCGUGGCGUGGACGUUCAGCGGUUCAGCUCUGACGCUGAUUACAAGAAGGAGACCAUACUUGGUCUCACAGAGACACUGGAUGAUGGUGUGUACAGAAUCGCUUUGUCUCUGGCUAAGCGCUACAGUGUUCCUCUGUGGGAGGUCUACAUGACCCACCUCGAGUUCCUCUUUACAGAUAGCGGCCUCUCCACCAAGGAUAUUGAAACCCGGAGCGAAUCCCUCAGCUUGUUUGAGACUUUAAAGUGUAACCCUCAGGCCUUUUACAGCCACAUGGCGAAGUAUGUUCUUCCCACUGUGGAAGGAACCGACCUCAACCGCCUGCUCUACUACUACACCUUACUAGAUGCUGCGGGCUGUGAGCCUUACGUCACCACCACCAUUAAGCCAGACUCUCAUGUUAAACUGCUCAAGAAGCUUCGCGCUGUUGCCAACGGUUUGAACUAUCGGAAGCUCACGGAUGAAUCCUCGGAUCCACUGGCCACUCUGCAACCAGUGCUGACCAGUCAGAACGUGUUGUCCAUCUCCAAACUUGCCAAUCGUUUGCCUUUGCCCGGCGGUGGUGGUGGGGCCACGGUGUCCGCCAGUGCAGUCCACGCAGUAUGGCUGCAGAAGGUGUUCUGGAGAGGGGACCCCCAGCUGCUGAAGAGACCCCCUCAGAGCGACCAAGACUACCUACACGCUUAUGACACUUGUGCCAAAUACCUGGACAGGCUGGCCCCUGGCGACGCUGUCCGCUUCCUGGAUAACAUCACCUUCUCUCGUGAUGCAUCUAAAAACUUGAGCAUCCAAGCGAGGUUGGAGGUGAUAAAGCGAGCCACCAAAGCCCUGCGCCAGCUGGGUGAGAAGAACAGGAAGAGAGGAGGUGAUGACAGUAGGGAGCAGGAAGGGACGGACCCUGCAGGAAUGACUUUUGAUGAGGCUCUAGCACACCUGCAGCAAUCUCAGGCCCACCUGGACACUCUGAGUCAUCCCUUCAUUCUGUCACUCAAAGACAGCCAGGAGGAGCAGCUGCGGGCCUACAGUCAACUUUACGAUUUGUCACGUUCUGAGAGGUCAAAAGUCUGCGAGUUAGCAGUCACUAUGGCAACUGAUGGACAGCCCCUGGAGCAGAUUGGAGAGCUUCUGCGCGUCACUGUUGGAUCCUUAGACCUGUCUCUCAAAAGUGUCCUUCACGAUGCUGUGGAGAGAGUAGUCGCUGCACUCAGUGGAGACCCAUGCGCCCUGACAAAUUACCCACAACCCCUCAGGGUCCUGGAGGCCAUGGUGACUGCUGUGCACAACAGUGUGCAGAGUGGUGACAGUAACGUCACUUCAGAUGACCUCCUGGCUUGGCUGCGUCCAUUCUGCGGUGACGCGUCUCUGCCUGUGCGGCCUCGCAUCGACGUGCUGCAAAUUCUGGAGAGUAACUUCAGCCUUGGAGACGGUGACGUUCGUCUUCUGCUGCUUUACAGGACUCAGGCUGUUCUCAGGGACAGAGAGAUCCAGAUAGAGGAUGUGGAGAAUGAAGAAAAACGAUACAGCCUUUUCCAGGAGCUGUUGGAAGCGGCGCAGAAGUGGGAAGACUUUCAGUUGCUCAUUCUUCUCCUCCAAGCAUGGCCACCUAUGAUGAAAGAGGAAGUGGCAGAGUCAGAGCAUAACCCCUGGGUGGUGCUAACCUCAGCCUUACUGACCCGCUGCAACGGAUCAGAGGUCAAAACAGACCUGGGUCAGCAGGUUGUCACCAUGGUGAGAUCUCUCUAUAACAGCAAACACAAGCUCCCUGUGCAGUGUAUUAGACACAUAGCUACCCUGCUGCUCCAAAAUCAGCCAAGCCUCCUGCAGCCGGCACUGAAACUGAUGUCUGAAAGCGGUGACGAGCAACUGCUUCAGCUGACUCUUGAUCAGAUCAACGGCAUGAGCACAGAGACUGCUUCCUCCUGCGAUGAAGAGCUCCUUUCCUUGCUCCUAGAUGCUGGGCUCCUGGUAGGCUGCGUCUCCUCAGCCCUGUACCCCCUGCUAAGCUCCCACAUGCUGUCGCACCAGCAGGAGGGCGGUUGGGAUGUGGAGAAAGCCGCCGCUGAGCUGAUGGCAGCGGGCCGCGGGCCUGAGGCAGGCUCCCUGUUGCUGGCUCACCGCGGAACCCACCCGGCGCAGUUCACCUUCAACUCCGCCUUGGCCGUUCUCGAGAAGUGGCUGUGAAAGGAGACGGGGAGGCAGUUUGGACCGCAGCCACAGAGCGCCGUCGUAACCUAGCCUUAGGGAAAGAGUAGGAAGGCGCUGAAAAAGGACUGGAAUUAGAUUGGAACGAGAUCUGAAGAAGCAAAACUAAAAGCAGCCAAUACCUCUACAUUUAGUUCUCUAAUCAGGUUUGAGGUUCAUCAACAGAAGACAUUUCAAUAGCGCUGUCAUCUGUGAAGGUAUAAGAGAGGAUACCUUUAAUCCUGAAACAUCUGCUCAAUUAGAAAGAUGCUCUUUCACACACAGAAACAACCUCUGCUGUCACUCAGUCAUGGAUGAACGUCGAGACCGAGGCCUAAUCACAAAAUGCAACGGCUGCUCGGAUUUAUUUGUGUGUGCGCCGUGUCCUAUUGUGUGAUAAAGUAAUUGAGCAGUGGGUAGCAGUGGGUGGAUAUUAGCCUAUUGUUCCGUGACAGGUUUGCCUCUUUAACGUCCCAUCGUUAAACACCCUGCCUCUGCUCCAUUGUUUUCCCCCUAAUAAUGUCUAAUUAAUUCCUUCUAAACAAAUUAGCCCCGCAGCUGCCCCCGUGCUGAGUGUACGGAUGCACAAAUACUAUAUAUGACACACACCAGUGAAGUUAUGUAAAGCUUAUAAUGACCAGGAAUAAACGUGCACGCAAGUGUGUGUGUGUGUGCGUUAAUGCUGUUAGGUUGCUUUGUUUCAUUUGAAUAAAUAAAAGCGUAAAAUACGGCUCUAUUUUGUCCCGCCUUUUAGAACCGAAAUAAAGAAAACUGAUGAAAAGGAGCGAUUGUAUUAUUUUCAUUUUUUAUUUUAUUGUGUUUCUUUAUUCAUGGUGGAAGAGUGCACAGAUGGGUAACGUUUCUUAUCAGUAUUUUUAG